AUGGAAUCUUUACUAAAAGAAAAAGGUAUUCCCGUUCAAGACGCACUUGAAUUUAUUAAACAACCCGAGGUGACAGAAAGAAUUAAUAUUAUUGGACCCUAUGAACAGCCACUUCCACUAGAUGAAAACCAUCGUGACUACAAGAGUAAACCUUGUAUGACAUUAACAAAUGAAAAUGUCCUGCUGGAGGGUAUUUCUCAAGCACAAGUACUAACAAAAACCAUAAUAGCUCAACAUAAAUUACCCAAUAGAAUAGAAGAACUGGCAGAGAUUUCAGUACCAAAAACUGUCCAUGAAAGUGUGAAAAAGGCAAUUUUAUCAGCAAAUGUGUUUGAUUGUGAACAACAAAAAUUACCUAAAAUUAAAGAUCCUUUAAGACCAGCAUACAAUUUUCCAAGGAUAUUGGGGAUAUCUGACAGGAGACGCAACCAAAUAAUUACCAAUAAACUGUUGCAGCUUGUUGAAAAAUGUAGUGAUUUUGAAUUGUCUCAAACAAGAUUUGUUACAAACGAUGUUGAGACUAAAACAGUUUUUAACAAAGAAGAUGAUCUCAUACAAUUCCAUAAUAUAUCCAAUAUACUAGUAACUAGUGAAAAGCCAUUGAGUCAUGACAUAAAAGAAAGAGAUAUUCCAUUUGCUGAAAUACCAGACCUUUAUCCUAUAAAACAUACUAUAACUUUACCACCUGAACAUUUUUAUGAACAAACAAGUAUAUACCCAAUCCAGAAAAGUUUCACCAGGAAACACCCUCACACAACUUGGUUACACUUCAACAGAACAGAAGUCAGCAACAUUUAUGAGACACCAGUAACAGACCUGCAAAUUGAGGGCAGGGCAUUAACCCAUGCAUUUACUGUGGCUUCAUCAUAUGCAAAACAAAUUCACGGUGAAGAAGUUCAAGACCUGCCAGAACCAAUUUUUGUUAAUUGCAUACAAACUGAUGGACAGAAAUACCACUUUGGUGUCUUGAAAUUAAACACAUUAAAUGUUGAUGGUGUUGAUGGUACAAAAAAUGAGUGGUAUUGCAAAAACAAUAUCAAACUGUAUGACCGGAGUGGUUACUUCAAUGGCAUGCCUGUCUUAGAAAACUACAACCCAAAAGUGUAUGGCUAUAUUAAUGCUUUUUACAAUUGC